GCCGGCUGCCGUGCUGCCGCCGCACGCAGCACGCUGCUCUCCGCAACGGACCAGCUGCUGCUGAGCUCAGCCGGCUGGAAUCGAAUAAUCCUCCUGCGAAUUCCCUCCUCCCGAAAGCCAAAGCUCCCACCUUUCCCCCUCGAUUCCGAGCGCCAGCCCGCUGGAUUCCGCGCGGGAACCACAUCGCCGAUCCUUCCUGCUCUCCCCGAAACCGGACUCUCCUGGUGCCGCGAGGCGGCGGCGUCCCAGUAUCUGAACUGCUAGCAUGGGGGCUGUACUUGGACGGCAAGACACCAACAAGCGGAGUUUCCAUGGUUCAAAUCUGGAGGCGAAGAUGGUGGAUGCCAUGCAGCAGAGAGCGUCACAUGGAACUUCACUGAAAUCGUUCGAUGGUAUUGUCAUGAAGUUUCCCAAAAUCGAUGAGAGUUUUAGGAAAUGCAAGACUAUCUUCGAGCAAUUUGAUGAAGAUUCCAAUGGCGAAAUAGAUAAAGAAGAACUGAAGCAUUGUUUUCAGAAGCUGGAAAUCUCAUUCACAGAGGAAGAGAUAUGUGAUCUCUUUGAAGCUUGUGAUAUAAAUGAAGAUAUGGGCAUGAGUUUCAAUGAGUUCAUUGUCUUUCUGUGUCUUGUUUACCUUCUUAAUGAACCAGCUGUCUCAGAAGCAAAAAUAAAGAUGGGACUAGGAAAUCUUGAGGCAACUUUUGAGACCUUGGUUGAUGCAUUUGUCUUCCUGGAUAAGAACAAAGAUGGGUACGUGAGCAAGGAUGAGAUGAUCGAAGCAAUAAAUGAGACAACAGCUGGAGAGCGCUCAUCUGGGCGUAUAGCCAUGAAAAGAUUUGAAAUGGAUUGGGACAAGAACGGCAUGGUGAGCUUCAAGGAAUUUCUGUUUGCAUUCACUCGCUGGGUAGGGAUUGAUGAAAAUGAGGAUGAUGAUGAAUGAAGACUGAGUGCAAAGACUGGUUAUUGUUCAAUUGUUAGGACCAGAUCAACCCAGAAGUGGCUGGAAAUGAAUGACAGAGGAAAGGAUUAGUCGGUGUUCAUUGGUUGCUUGUUCAUCUUGAUGUUUAUGUUCUUAAUAGAAUGCCUUGUAUGUCCGAACAAUCGUAUCAUGGUACAGUUGCUAUCUGUUGCAUCGUAUGUUACAGUAUGUACGUAUUAACGAGACAGGAAAUGAAAACCUCAAAUACCACUAUACCAGUCUCUUUUGCUAGAA